AUGACCGAGGGGACCAAACAGCAGAGCAGGGUGCCUGCAUUCAAUGUAGGUCGACAGGGACAGGCGUUGGGGAGAGAUGUUUUGUGCAACACGGAAUCUGGGCUUGAGGCUGGGGGCUUCCUUACGCGGCUCUCUUCUGGCGACUGGCACAGAUUCCGUUAUCGAUUGUCGCUAUCUAGGGCCCAGAGAAAUUUCGACUUCUUAAAAGGAGUUCACGGUGAUAACAACUUCAGUUUUUAUCCCUCCGUAUCAUAA